AAGAAAAAAAUUGAAUUUCAGCCAUGCGACGUGUAGGUAUAAUAACACAUAUAUGCGUGUAUAUUCAGGCAAGAAACGCUGGAGAAAAUUUACAACAAAAGAAUUUGGCAACGCAACAAUUUUCACCAUGUCACAGCAGUCCACCUAAAUGUAAACGUGUACGCAUGUAAGGUGAUAUAAGGGCACGGAAUCAUUCCUUUCACCCGCGUGCGACAAUUUCAUCUCCGCCGACUCCUCCAAAUUACGCUUCCGGUGUGUAACGAGGUGGCGAAUAAGCGUUUCCGGCUCCAAAAAUUCGAGGUGAGCGUGUUCAAUUGAAUAAUCUCAUUAAUCCUGCCAAGCAGACAUUGGCAAUCGCUUUUGACAUUUCGUCGAGUCUUCUUUCGAGUUUCCCGUUUAGCUAAUCCUAAACCUAACCUAACCUAACCCUUCUCGUACCGAAAAACGCGAGUGUUAUCGUCGUAACACGCGGAAGAUCUAAUCGCGGAAAGGAUCUUCGAAGUACACAUCGACCGAUCCGCUCGCUUCUCGCCGCUUAUCGUCGUAUCUGUCAUUGUCCAGUUGUCAGUGAUAUACCCAAGACGAGGAACGUCUCGGACGGCGGCAGCGGUGGGGCUGAAAGGUACUUUUCGCGAGGCAUGCGAGACACCGACCGCCGACGUCGAUCCUUGUCUAACGAGAACCGACGGGAGACGUAAGGAGAAAAACGUAUCAAAGCAUGGGCAAUGGUACGUCACUGCGCGCACCGUUUUGAUUAAAGAUGGAGGAGACGAGAGACGAGAGGUUGCUGUCGCGAAGACGUUCCGCCGCUUUGAAGCCGUUCAAAGUUAAGGACGAGAGAGUGGCCACCCUCAAGAAGGUGGCGGCGAUCUUGCACAAGUCCGAGAUUGACAGGACGGCGGAGGAAACCGGGAUACUCGCCUCGUGCAGCGACGUGGUGAAGGAGGUUAAUUUACGGCAAGAGAAACGAGAUAAAAUAAAGGCAAGAUUGGAGGAAGUUGAGGACGCCCCGGAAAUCCUGGAGGAAAAAUGCAUACGCUUGGCAGCGGCGAUCAGUAGAGCAACGUCACUCGCGGUGUACACUGGCGCUGGUAUUAGCACGGCGGCAUCUAUUCCGGACUACAGAGGCACUAACGGAGUUUGGACUCGUAUGCAACAGGGAAAGGACAUUGGGAAUCAUGAUCUCAGUCAAGCUGAACCAACCGUGACGCACAUGGCCCUUUACGCAUUGUAUAAAGCGCGAGUUCUCAAACAUGUGGUUUCCCAAAACUGUGACGGAUUACAUUUACGCAGUGGUAUCCCGCGUAAUCUUCUGUCCGAGGUGCACGGCAACAUGUAUGUGGAAGUUUGUAGAGCGUGCAAGCCGUCUAGAGAAUAUUGGAGACUUUUCGACGUUACUGAAAAGACUGCGCGAUACCAGCACGGCACGGGAAGAUUAUGCCACAGAUGUAAUUCGAUGCUGCAAGAUUCUAUCGUCCAUUUCGGCGAGAGGGGUAAUCUGCCUUGGCCAAUCAAUUGGAACGGAGCGAGUAGAGCUGCGAAGCAAGCGGAUGUUAUAUUGUGUUUGGGUUCUAGUCUGAAGGUUCUUAAGAAGUAUCCGUGGUUGUGGCAAAUGGACAAGCCCGUGCAGAAGAGAGCCUCUCUGUACAUUGUCAAUUUGCAGUGGACACCAAAAGACGAGAAUGCGGUUUUAAAGAUAAACGGGAAAUGUGACGAAGUGAUGAGGAAAAUCAUGAGCCACUUGGGACUGGAGAUACCGCAGUAUAAUCGCACAAAGGAUCCGAUCUUUUUUCAUGCGGUAAAGCUUCAAAACGGCGAGCAACUCACCAAGACUCAGCCAUGCCUCGAGGAGCCAGCCGUUAAGGAGCCUCUAAGCCAAAGCAGCGAUGAGAACGUCUUGCACGCGGUGCAAGAAACCGACAAAGAAGACUGCAUAUCGUCCAUAGCGGUAGCUGAUAUAACAACCACUUAUCCGGCACCAUUUUUCGCCGCAUUACCAUUUCUAUCUAUGGGCUUGCCAUUCCCUCCUAUGUACAUGUAUCCCCAGUUGACGCCAUUAUUUUAUUAUCCUUUUAUACAAAUACCAAACGUGCCAGCGGAGGCACCGAAACCGAAACCAGCGUGUUCGUUUUGUAUGGAGCACGAGGGCUCCCUUACCUGUUUGUAUUAUCAACGUGACGGGGACUGUCCAGCACCGAUAAAGGCCGAGAACGAGCAGAAGCAAGAAGAAGGUGCUCUAGUGAUUCGCGCGGACACUCCCGUAGCAUCUCCAAAGAAUCCAGGCUGGUUUGGCAAAGGAUAUCGUAAGGGUAUGAAGAGGAAGCGGUAGCAUCCACUCUAUGUAAAUCUAUGCAAUAUGCUUGGCCGACUAUUUACCGGGAUUAUACAAUAUAAUCUUAUAUUAUACAAUAUAUUUACAUACAUAAGUAUUUAAAGCCUCCAUAUCAUAAUGAAACUCGUGGAUAUUUUGUAGAUUUAUAGCAAUUUGAUUCCAGUAUUCAAA